AUGGCUGCUACUGACACGUAUCCCCGCCCCGAUUUCCAGCGCUCCACCCUCCACUGGCAAUCGCUCAAUGGACCAUGGGACUUUAUCUUCGACGACGACGACAUUGGCUUGGCUUCAAGGUGGCAGCACAAAGGCCUCCCCAAUGAGGUCAAGGUAUCGGCCGAGGCCACCAGAGCCGCCGAGGAGGACGCGCAGCAGAACAGUAUCACUCAGAAGAUUGCCUCGGGCACCCAGGAGCUCAUUCAAAAUAAUGUUCUGUCCACGACAGAAAGCGGUCAGGCGGUCCACGUUAAGCGCCAGAUCAAGGUGCCCUUUGUCUUCCAGGCUCCUGCCUCGGGCAUCAACGACCGCGGCGUCCACGAGGUGCUCUGGUACGAGCGCUCCAUCUCCGACCUCCGCACUCCCGAGGAGAAGGAAGCGGGAAACCGAAUCGUCCUGAGAUUCGGGGCCGUCGACUACUUGGCCAUUGUCUGGGUGAACGGACAGCACGUCGGUGGACACCGCGGAGGUCAUGUACCUUUUGAAAUUGAUGUCACCGAUGCUAUCGACGCCGUCAACGACGCCAAGGAGCACCGCCUCACGGUCCGCGUCUAUGACUCGGCCUACGACCUGACGCAGCCCCGCGGAAAGCAGUAUUGGGGAGCCAAGCCCGAAAGUAUCUUCUACACACCAUCAGGUGGCAUCUGGCAGAACGUCUGGCUCGAGUCAGUCCCCACCGCUCGCAUUGCAGACAGCAGCCACGGCACCGUCAUCCGCUCCAACGACAUCUACUCGGGUAUCCUGUAUAGUACCGUUGCCAUCACUGGACGCCGCGCUGGCCAGAAGCUGAGUGUCGAGAUUGAAGCCAGCUUCUCGGGCGUCCGUGUCGCUAAAACGGACAAGAUCAACCUCACCCGCGAAAGCGACAGCGCCUCCCUCGACCUCCAGCUUCGCCUGUCCGAGGAGAAGCGAAGCAGCCUCCCUGCUUCGCUGUUGCGCAAUGCUCCCCUUGGCGACGAGUGGGCUUGGCGUGAUGGCUUGGCGCUCUGGUCUCCCGAGCACCCCCAGCUCUACGACUUGACGAUCCGCCUCAUUGACGUGAGCUCGGGCAAGGCCAUCGAUGAGGUCAAGACGACAACGGGAAUGCGCUCCAUAAAUUGGACAAAGGGUGACGGCAACUGGCACCUCAAUGACCGCCCCUACUUUCAGGCUCUCUGCCUCGACCAGGGCUACUGGAAGGACACUUUCAUGACUCCUCCCAACGCCAAUUCCCUCCGCCUAGAUGUUGAGCUGGGUAAGAAGAUGGGCUUCAACGGCUGCCGCAAGCACCAAAAGGUUGAAGAUCCCCUCUUCUACUACUGGGCCGACAAGCUGGGCUACCUCGUGUGGGGCGAGAUGGCCAAUGCCUACCAGUUUAGCCGUGAGUACGUCGAGCGCUUCAACCAGGAGUGGGAGGAGGCUGUCAAGCUUGUCAUAAAUCGUCCCUGCAUCGUCACCUGGACCCCUGUGAACGAGAGCUGGGCCUACACUUCUCUCAAGGAUAAUGUUGAGCAACGCAACCACAUUCGUCAGCUCUACUACCAGACCAAGGUUCUCGAUCCUACGAGGAGCAUCAACGACAAUUGCGGCUGGGAACACGUCAUCCCGGACCUCACCACGUUCCACGAUUACACGGACGGUCCCGAGCUCGCGAAGACAUGCGCCGACCGCAAUGCUAUUCUUGGCCUCAAGGCUGGUCGUGACAUGUUUGUGCCCGCUCUUACUGGCAAAGACCCUGGCGCCAAACACAUUGAGGGUGCUCCUAUAAUGAACACCGAGUGCGGUGGUGUCAACAUUGCUACUGGCAGCAGUGAUGGACAUAACUGGGGCUAUACGACGGCGUCGGACCCUGAGGAUCUCCUCAAGCGUCUUUCCAAGAUUGUCAAGGGUAUUACGGCAGGCGGCUACUGCUGCAGCUUCGUUUAUACUCAACUUACCGAUAUUGAGCAAGAGACCAACGGACUCUAUACGUUUGAUCGCAAGGAGAAGCUGGACUCAUCGCGGGUCAAGGCCUUGUUCGACGAGGCGGCCCAGAUUUACUACGACCGUGUCAAAUAA